ACACACCGUCUGUGGCUGGAAGGACCAUGUCUGGACACGGGACGGACCCAGAACAGCGGGGCACCCACCUAACAGCAAGCACAGCAUCCAGGACACUGAGGCAGCAGCGGCAAUGUGAGGACAGUGGUAGAGUGUAAGCGCCUUAGAGGGGGGCAGAGUUUCUGGGCAGGUGGGGGGGGGGGUUAGAAAAACAAAAAGACAGAUGGACAGAGAAAUGUAACUGAGCCGAGUGGUUUAAAGAAGACAUGGCAGGGUCAACCACACAGGAGCCCUUGAAGUCCCAGCAGAAGUGCAUCGCCAUCUUUGCCCUGCUCUGUUGCUUUGCUGUGUUGGUGGCACUGAUCUUCUCAUCAGUGAACGUGUGGGGGGACGAUGAGGACGGCAUCACCGAGGAGAACUGCAGCAGAAACUGCCGCAUUGUGCUCGUGGAGAACAUUCCAGAUGACCUCCUCCUCCCCAUGAACGGUAGAUUGCACCUCCCUCUCUCUGUGGGCUUCCACACCCUGUUGGACCAGGCAAAGCACUCAGUUGAAGUCGUGUCACCUGUCUGGGAUUUAAACUCCUGGGAUAUGGAAACAUGGCCAAACAUGGCCAAACAGGGUCAGCUUUUGUUCCAGCGACUGCUCAGCCUGAAAUCUCGUGGGGUUAAACUAAAGAUUGCCAGCAGCCUGACUAACUCUGCUGAGCUGAGGACCUUGGCAGACCGCGACGCAGAGGUUCGCUUUGUUAAUAUGACAGUUCUGACUAGAGGGGGGCUGCAUUCCUCAUUUUGGAUUGUGGAUCGGAAGCACAUUUACAUUGGGAGCGGCGAUAUGGACUGGAGGUCACUCUCCAAGAGGAAAGAGCUGGGGGUGAUGGUGUUUAACUGCAGCUGUCUGGCUCUGGACCUCCACCGAGUCUUCUCCUUCUACUGGCAGCUCCAGGACAGAGACUACAUCCCCUCCAUCUGGUCAAAGAGAGUCACUGCCCUCUACGGCAAGGACAACGCCCUGGAGCUGCAGCUCAAUGACACCCAGGCCGCCGCUUACGUGUCUACCUCCCCUGAGCUCUUUUGCCCUAAAGAUCGAACCAGAGAUGUAGACGCCAUCCAUCACGUCAUCCAGAGCGCAAAGACAUUUAUCUUCAUAUCCGUGACGGACUACCUCCCUCUAGUGAGCAGGAGGUUCAGAGGGACCUCAGUCACAAGAUACUGGUCCCUCAUUGAUGAGGUGAUCAGGGAAGCCGUGGUGCUGAGAGGAGUCCGGGUGCGCCUCCUGAUAAGCUUUUGGAGACAGACCAACCCCCUCACCUUUAACUUUGUGACCUCCCUCAAAUCGCUGUGCCUGCAUCUGCACAACUGUUCACUGGAGGUGAAGUUUUUCAGUCAUAAGGAGCGGAGGGAUGACAUUCAACACGGACUCAACCACAACAAGUACAUGGUGACCGACAACGCUGCCUACAUUGGGAACCAUGACUGGGUGGGGAGUGACUUUGCCGUUAAUGCAGGAGUUGGGCUGGUGCUCAAAAUGAAAUCUAGUCUUAAGGACAGGGGAGUGACGAUACUGGAGCACAUCAAGGCUGCUUUUGAGAGAGACUGGAGAUCACAUUAUGCCAAGAGCCUGCAAGGAAGCAAGGACCAAGAGAGCAAACACAGACACCUGCAACACAAGGCAGCCGCGGCCUAAAGGAUGGAGAGGCGGGCUUGUGGCUGGUUUGAACCCAGCACUGGCAGGAAAAAUGUGGUUGGGGGAGCGAAUGAACGGCGCUCUUCCCUCCUUCAAUACCCACAGCUGAUGUGCCCUUGAGCAAGGCACUUAACCCCCAAACAGCUUCUCAGUGGCUAUCAGUGCAGACGGUGAUUGUGGAACUGUGUGCAUGCGUUGCAGGGAGUUUCUGAAAAAGAGCACACAUGCUCAACGUACUACCAGGGUAAAUAAAGGAUAAAAAUGAGCCGAGCUCAAAAGUCAAAUGGAUACCUAGGAAGGAAACCGAUGGAGGAAGCAUAAAAUGUCUUCCCACUGUAUAUCAUGCAACCUCAUAAG